CCUCCCUCCUCGUCCUCCUCCGGGUGGCCGUGGAGGGGCUUUGGGCGUCGGGGGAAUUUCCUGGCCCUCGCCUUCUGCCUUCCUUCCUUCCUUCCUCCUCCGGCGGUCCCUGCUGCUUUCUCCUCCGGGGCCAGGGAAAAGAACUCGAGGCCGCGGGGGUGGGGGUGGGGGUCGCCGCCGCCGCCGCCUGGCCCAGGGACCCCCCCUUCUUCUUCCUCCUCCUCCGCCGCCGCCUCCUUGUCGCCGACAUGUCGGGCCAGUCGAUCACCGACCGGAUCACGGCGGCCCAGCACAGCGUCACCGGCUCGGCCAUCGCCAAGGGAAUAUGUAGGCCUACUUCUUCCUCUUUCUUUCAACCUAAAGAGAAGCACUUAAGCGUGGAUUAUCUAAUCCAAUGCACAAAUGAAAUGAAUGUGAAUAUUCCACAGCUGGCAGAUACACUCUUUGAGAGGACAGCAAACAGUAGCUGGGUAGUUGUGUUCAAAGCUCUAAUUACAACACACCACCUCAUGAUGUACGGAAAUGAGCGUUUUAUCCAAUAUUUGGCAUCUCGGAAUACGUUGUUUAAUCUCAACAACUAUCUGGAUAAAAGUGCCAUGCAGGGAUAUGAUAUGUCCACAUUCAUCAGGCGAUAUAGCAGAUACUUGAAUGAAAAAGCACUUUCUUAUAGACUUGUAGCAGUUGAUUUCACCAAAAUGAAAAGAGGGAUCGACGGUGUGAUGAGAACAAUGAAUACAGAAAAACUCCUGAAAACCCUUCCAAUUAUUCAGAAUCAGCUUGAUGCACUUCUUGAUUUUGAUGCAAACCCUAACGAACUAACGAAUGGGGUAAUCAAUGCUGCCUUCAUGCUCCUCUUUAAAGAUUCUAUUAGGCUUUUUGCUGCCUACAAUGAGGGGAUUAUUAACCUAUUAGAAAAGUAUUUUGAUAUGAAGAAGAACCAGUGCAAAGAAGGUCUGGACAUUUACAAAAAAUUCUUAGCCAGAAUGACCAAACUGUCAGAAUUCCUCAAAGUGGCCGAGCAAGUUGGAAUUGAUCAGGGUGACAUUCCAGAUCUUACUCAGGCUCCCAGCAGUCUGCUUGAAGCACUGGAGCAACAUUUGGCUUCUCUGGAAGGAAAGAAAACCAAGGAGGUUUCAGCUGCCAGCAGGGCCAGCACUCUGUCCAGUGCGGUUUCCACGCUUGCCAACACAGGAAUGUCCUUCAGUAAAAUGGAUGAAAGAGAGAAACAGCAGGCCUUGGAGGAGGAGCAGGCCAGGCUGCAAGCUCUAAAGGAACAGCGACUGAGAGAGAUUUCUGUGGUGUCAAAUUCUACUUCCACAUCUGCCUCGCCAAGCACUUUAUCAGGGAAAAGCGUGAACACCAAUGCCACUGUUGACAUCUUUGCAACACCUGCACCCACCACCAAUAGCAUGCCCAACCUUUCUACGGAUCUCUUUGACCUUCAGCCAGCGUUUGUUCCUACAGUACAGAGUACUCCAGCCAUAGCAACAUCUGUAAGCAGUGCCUGGGGAGGGUAUCCUGUUCCCUCAGCGUCACAGAAAACUGCCUCUUCUACAAUCAGUGUGGAUUUUGAUGCUGUAUUUGGUGGCAAGUCAUCAGGACAUGAGUUUAGAGUUGCAUCGGAUGAUGUAUUACAACCGGCUGUACCAGCACAGAAUCAGAGGGGGGGUCAGCAAACUGGGAAAAUCCUAGCCAACGACUUAGACUCUUCACUCGCUAAUCUAGUGGGAAAUCUUGGCUUCGGUGGAACCCCAUCCAAAAAGUCUGAUAUGCAGUGGAAUCAGCCUACAGAGAAGAAACUUACUGGCGGAACCAACUGGCAGGCAAAAACAAGCACCUCAACAACAUGGAAUACUGUCCCGAUUCCUCCUGCUCCACAGAUGGUACCUGCUCCAGUAACCUAUCCGGUGAAUACACCUCAAGUGCCUAUGUAUGGAAUGGUACCUGCUCAGAUUGGAACUACGCCUAUUAUGGCACCCCAGCCUAUGAUUUAUACCCAAACAGGUCUAAGGCCGACAAACCCCUUUGCACCCAUCUCUGGAACACAGAUACAGUUUAUGUAGAUCUGCCAAAGCAGCAAGACACCUCGACAACCAAAUAAAUAUUGGUAGAAAGAAGGUUGAACUUUUAAACUGCAGUCUUCGCCAGGGCACAUAUCUGCUCCCCGUACAACAGAAAUGACUUUGACUUGCCGUGCUUUAGAGAUUCUUGUUAUAACAGUCACUAUGGUAUGAAAUCUUGUUUGGUUCUUGAUAGUGUACGACUGUUUUCAGUGGAAAGUUUUAAGUGUUGGUGAAGCUGAUGGUCAGCGAAGCAUGACAAGAAAAUUUUUGGCUUUCCUUAUUAAGAAAGAGCUGACUUGGGAGUCAUUGGCAACGCCUCCAUCCAACAGCUAGCCUUGAGGAAGCAAGUGGAGGGCAUAGGACGUCUAUUUAUUCCCCCCCCCCAAAAAAAAACCCCACCCCUCUUUGGUUGAUGUAAUUAUGGCACUACUUAACGAAGCUGAGCAAUAAACUUUUUCAGAUACUCUUCAUGGGUGCCUGACACAAUACAUAUUGUGACAAGAAAAAAAAAAUCUCGCAUUAUCACCAAUGCCAGUCUCGCGCGAAAGCGGAACGCUUCGGUCAUGUUAAACUAGCUUCUUCUAAUUCACAAAAGUUUGUACUGUGAGUUUUAAAUGCUGUGAAUCAACUUUAAAUGUAGGCCAUUAACAGGAAAACUAGUCAGUUGGCGUUAUAGCGGAGUGUCGUCUAGCCCCAUAGAAGUCUGCUUUGGCAGAGACCUGGCGUCUCCCUCUAGUCCGAGAAAAAUCGUACGCUAUGGAGAAGUGGAUGGCAGUAGCUGCACUUCCUUUAGACAGCCUCGUAUGUACAGAUAACGGCAGCAUCGCUUCUGACUCUAGCUAGAGUUCCCUUCAUGUCUCAGAAAACCUCCCGUCGGCAGCCGGCAGCGCGUCUGGGAAACUUUUCCUCCUCCUCUUCUUGCCCUUUAUUUAAGACGUGGGGCGUCCACAUUUUGUGAGUGGUUCAUCAGUUACUGUGCUGCACUUUAAGAACUGGAAUUUGUAUUCUUGAACCCCUUCGUCUCCGUGACCUUAGCUUGCGUCCCUUGUUGUGGACGAGGGAGCGACCGGAGGAAAGCGAAGAAGCGAAAGCGGGAGGCCCAGUCCGAGGAAAAACCAGGGGAGCACGUGUGUAAAUAUUUUAAACGUUGUAAGUACAAAAUUUCAACAGUGCUGCAGAUUUUCUCUCUCUCCCUUGUUCCUUUGCAAGACGUACAAAAUGCAAAUGUUGGACUGCUUUGAGAAACCCGGCUCAGUUUUCUUUUGUGUUGAAAAGCUCAGACGCUGGGCCUUGCAGGCGUUCGAGAGAGCAAUUGCCGUGUUAAGGGUGCUUAAGAAGCGUGAGAAUCACGGCCUGAUGGUCUGCGUCUUUCAGGACUGUCCCCUUACCCUGAAAUGAUGAGCAAACGAUAUUUUUAAAAAUCACUGCGUAAUUUGGCAUGUGACGUUCAGGGCUUAUUUCUGAAGGGAGAUGGCCACAACAAGAGCAAGAAAAAAAGAUUGUACAAUCCCUGCCCGGCUCCCAAAUGCUUUUUACGGUGGAACAGUUAUAAAGGCACUCUUAUGUCCCUCUUUCUGUCACUGCCGUGAUGGGAAUUUUUUUGUCUGUUACAGGAGCAAUAACAGCAAAAAUAAUGAUGAUGAUUGGUUAAUGCCAACAUGAACUUCCUUUCACAGAGCUUGCCACUUCUGGUCGUAAAAAUAUUUGGAAACGCAGCGCUUGGGCGCCUCCUUCUGAGUUUUUGCCAAGUUGUGGUCCUUGUUCCCCUGAGGGGAAGGGGUUCACAACGGACACAAAGUCCUUUUGUGGGUCAGGCCGUGUCAAAUUCUAGAAAACCAGCCCUUCCUCCCUGUAAGUGUCUCUCGUGUUUGUUAAUAUUGUGCCAAGAAUGUAAGGAAAAAAAAAACAUUUUUUAAAAUAAUGCUUGCUUCAAAAAAAAGGAUAUACUUGUUCUGUCAAAACUAAACAUGAUUUUUUUUAAAAAAGAAGACUCUUUUUUUACAUACAUGUUUGCAAUUUGUAACCACUAACUUUGUAUGGAUUAAAUGUUGCAAGUGAAAGAAAUGUUUUAGACCAAAUCUUGGACAUGUACUGGCACAGACAUAAACUGGAUGCAUGUAAUUAAAUGUGGAAAAUGACUUUUCAAGGGCUUCUGGCUUUAAUGUACUCUCCGGGUUUAUCCAAAACCAAUAUUUAGUGUAGCCCCACACAAGCUGGAAUCGCUUACCUGUGGAAGUUGUUUUAGUGAAUAUUCUAGUGAAUUAAUUCAGCUGAUCCUCAUUUUCCAACCAAUUUUCAGUCUUUCAGACCGGUUUGGACCAGUACAUGUAUCUUUAAAAAAAAAAAAAGACUUGGGAUUUUAUAGUAACUCACUAGAAAUGUUUGAUUUCAGAGGUUUUGCCCGUGUAAGGUUUUCACAGUGUCAAAUAAUCAGCAAGGUUUUUGACUCCUAGAGAUUAUUUUCUACUCAUUCAUUUUAACUAUGUGUAAUUUAUUGCAUUUACUAGCUGCAAUCUUCCAGCAGGGAAAGUCAUGCAGGACGCAGCCUCUUAGAGAGAUAGCAGCGUUGGCUCUCGAGAUGAAAGUGUAUUUUGAUAUUAAGUGCUUUUUACAGUAUUGUACACUAGUUAUUUUUGAUUUUAAUGGAAUGAUGAUCCAAAGUGCAGUAAGAGCUAUGACCUUCCCAUUGCAAUCAUAAUGAUGCAUAAACCCCAGAUAUUUUCAAAUGUUCUGCAGACCACAUUGCAGUAUAAUUUCUAUCUGUACUUCAUCCUUUAACUUACAGUCUGCACUAAACACACACAGCUUCUGGCCUGUUCAUAUCUCAUUUUCACCUCGUGCUCACAGUUUUUGUAUCCAGCAAUGCUGGCCCAAGCAACAGAGUGAACGGAGUUAAAAAUCUUGUUGGCAUGGUUAUGCUAGAUGCCACCAUUGCACAAGGGGAUGUGCAGUGCCUUGGCCAAAAAUGUUGGGUACCAUUUUCACACGGACUCACAAAGUGUGCAACUGCUAUUGCAUGGAACGUAUAACAUCUCCCUCACAGUGCAAAUGUAAAACAUGCCCUGUGCUCUUCACAGCUUUUUCAACAAUUUGCAUUAGGGAUUGUUGUUGUUGUUGUUCAUAAAUAAACAUGAAAAUGUCCAGUAGAACCCCAUGAAUAAAAUUGUACACUCGAAA